AUGUUUGAUGCCAGUGUUUGGCGGAUCCGCAGCAUCCGGGACUCUGUGAGACUCGAGAUCAGCGACGAACCGAGUCCUGCGGUGCUGAACCGAUUCACUCAUCUGGAUCCGGACACUCCUCAGCUGGAGAAUGCGAGUCAGGAGAUCGGCGAGGAGGUGGAGGAUGGUGCUGUGUUCAGCAUCACGCUGAGGAAGGUCCAGAUGUACCAGUCGUCCAGUAAGAGUCAGCGCUGGUUGGGUGUGGACUCGGACUCGGGCCUCAGUCUGUACGAGACGUGUAAGCUGCGCACCAUUAAAGCAGGAACACUGGAGCGGCUGGUGGAGUACAUGGUCACCGCCUUCAGAGGAAACGACUCCACCUACGUCACCAUCUUCCUCUGCACCUACAGGACCUUCGCUACCACCAAACAAGUGCUGGACCUGCUGCUCAACAGAUACGCUAAACUGCAGCCGGGCGCAGAAGCACGCAGAAUGACCCCUGAUGAGCGAACGGAGCUCAGGAACACCGUCUCCUCUAUCCUGGGCGCCUGGUUGGAUCAGUACUCGGAGGACUUCUGGAAGCCCCCGGACUACAGCUGCCUGAGACGCCUGAUCCACUACCUGCAGCUCAGCUUCCCCGGGUCGGACCUGGAGCGCCGGGCCUGCAACCUGCUGAGCCAGUUCCACCGCAGACUCCAGCAGGAAUCAGACCGGGACGUGCUGGAUCAGGGCUGCUGUGCCUUCACUCUGCUGCAGGAGAACGGAUUCAGUGAGGAUCGACACGAUUUCCUGAGCUUUGACCCCACUGUGGUGGCAGAGCAGUUCACACUGAUGGACGCAGUGAGCAAAACACACACACACACACAUAUGGAGGUUUGGUCAGAGGACUUCAUGCAUGUGUGUUUUCACAGAUACGCCAAACUGCAGCCGGGUGCAGAAGCGCGCAGAAUGACCCCUGAUGAGCGGACGGAGCUCAGGAACACCGUCUCCUCUAUCCUGGGCGCCUGGUUGGAUCAGUACUCGGAGGACUUCUGGAAGCCUCCGGACUACAGCUGCCUGAGACGCCUGAUCCACUACCUGCAGCUCAGCUUCCCCGGGUCGGACCUGGAGCGCCGGGCCUGCAACCUGCUGAGCCAGUUCCACCGCAGACUCCAGCAGGAAUCAGACCGGGACGUGCUGGAUCAGGGCUGCUGUGCGUUCGCUCUGCUGCAGGAGAACGGAUUCAAUGAAGAUCGACCCGAUUUCCUGAGCUUUGACCCCACUGUGGUGGCGGAGCAGUUCACACUGAUGGACGCAACUGUGAUGCAGGGGACGAUUCCUUACCUGGGAACUUUCCUGACGGAUCUGGUCAUGAUGGACACGGCCAUGAAAGACUAUCUGGACGGAGGCCUGAUCAACUUCGAGAAGAGAAGGAAGCUCUCUGAUCCUCUCAUAGACCGCAAGCAUCCUAACACCAUCAAGGCUCAGAAACGUAACCCUCCCUCAGGCCAGAGCAGAAAGAACAUGAAGCAGCGCUUCCUCAAACUUCUGCCCUGCUGUCAUGUUGACUCCACACCAACUGUCAGCUACAGUCAGUCGUGUAAGAUCGAGCCGCUCUCUGAAUCGGCCUCCAACACGCUGAGAGCCAAGAAGAGCUCAGGAAUCAUGAAGAGAUGGAGCGAUCGGCAGCCCGUGGGUUCGGGGGAAGCCGGAUGCAGCGGCUCUGGAAGCUCUCACUCCAAGUCCUUCGAUCAGCUGCGCUUCCCGCCGGGUUUGAGCGGCUCGGCCGGCGACGGCGGCGACUCUCUCAGCGUGACGUCCGCGGGGUCCAGCAGCUCUGACGUGGAGGAGGUCAACAUCAGCUUCAUCUCUGAUUCACCCGACGCUCUGGAGAGGAAGACCUCCACGCCCUUCGUAAAACAUUCCAAUUCUACCUUAGGGAAGUGCGGCCCUACGGCAGACCUGAUACCCACGUUCUGGGAGUCCACGUCUCUGUCGUCUCUGGACGCGACGGGUCUCGGCUCAGGUUCUGGCUCCAGCAGUGCCUCCUCAUCUUCGGUGUCGUCCACACCGGUCACAGCGUCCCGCUCGCACAAGCGCUCCGUCUCCGGCGUGUCCAGCUACUCGUCUCUCUCUCUGCCGCUUUACAACCAGCAGGUGGACGACUGCUGCAUCAUCAGAGUCAGCCUGGACGUGGACAACGGAAACAUGUACAAGAGCAUACUGGUCACCAAGCUGAAGAUUCCCGACAACGCCAAUGUUUUUUACGCCAUGAACUCCACAGCCAACUAUGACUUUGUCUUGAAGAAGAGAGGUUUCCCGAGAGCAGGCCGCACCAAACACGUGGCCAGCUCCACGCUGCCCCGAAUGAAGCAGAAAGGUCUGAAGAUCGCCAAGGGACUCUUCUGA